AUGAUUCGACAAUAUUUUCUUGCAAUUUGCAUUUUUCUUGCGAUUUCUGUCAAUGCGACAAAAUUUGACAUUAGAGCAGAGUUGAUCUGUAACUUCCAGAAACAAUGGCAAUACACGGCCUAUUUCUAUGAAUACGAUGUUUAUUCGUGAGUUUGAGUGAGACUAUAUUACCCCAGAGCGGUAAAAACUAAUACAGAUCAAGCGAAGGGAUGCACACCACACCAGUUUACGCGAGCGUUCAACCCAACUCAAGUUUUGCCGCUUCAUUUGAAUACAAUGAAGGUGAUGGUUCUGGCGAUAACUACUACGAGACUUACAUGACAAUAACUCACACUUGCACCGACAAUGGUCAUCAGGCAACAGCCGCUUUCUUUAUCGGAACUGUUCCAGUUGACAGCACUGGUGCUUUGAUUGAACAAAGAUACAUUAUUGACACAAAAUGCCACUCGUCUUUUUGUGUUUUGGUUCACACACAACAAUAA